AAUGGCACAGUCUUUUCUAUUUUUAUUUGUUAAUGAAGUCUCGUGAUGUUAUUUUCGGAAAAAAGUUUAUUGAUGGCAAGUAAAGUAACAGACGGCUAGCAUCUGUACCUUGUUUUGACACGGAGUGAUGUGUUAAGAUUAUGUCCUUCAUAUAUAGUUGAAGGGCAUAAGAACUCUUUCGUUUCCAAUUAACGCUGUGCUGGAAAUACAUGUUUUGUUACGUAAAGAAAUGAUUGCUUUGCCGAGUUUGCAGUCGAAACUCCUUCACAGAAUGGUGAUAGGCCGCUCGUGUAGUGUAUGCUUUGAAACAAGGCCACAAGUUUGCUGAAGCGGCAAAAAUGCAGCGACUUUCCUACGCCGGGAGAUACCCGGAGCAGCAGAGUUUGAAGACUCCGCCGGCUUCCUUACUUCUGGUGUCAGUGUUGGGGUCGUUUGUUCUAGCAGCAGGCUCAGUAAUUCUUCUGGCACCAGAAGACCGCAUUUCAGUUGCCCGUGGGGCCUGGCUUUCGGGGCUUGGGCUUAUCUUCUUCGUUUCGCUGUUUGAUCUCCUUAAUCAUGUGGCAUUGCAGACGAAUGUUGGACAUGUGUUCCGAAAAAAGUACGAACUGACAUUGUAUGAAGUCCUCGAUAUUUCCAACAAAACUGUGUCAGCAGUUCAGGCAGUAUUAUCGUGUAUCACGGGAUCCAUUGUAUGUAUGUGGUCAUGCACACGUGACUUCCUGCGAUCUUCACAUUUCAUGUCAGAAGCGUAUGCAUGGUUUGGUGCUUCAUACUUCUUCUAUGAUAUAUGGUCAAUGUACAAAGUCCAUACAUCUGGCAAAAGUGAUGUGGAGCGACAACAACACAGUGGUCACUGCCUUGCACAAUGGAGCGAUUACAUUUGCAAACAGCCAAUGAUAGUACUGCAUCAUUUGUUUAUUGGCUCAUUUGGAUUCCUCGUCAUUGUUCAUCUGAGAGGUGACUUAGGGGACUGUAUAUUUGGGGUUGUGUACCUUAUGGAACUCAGUACACCUUUUGUCUCUUUUAGAGGCAUCCUCAGUAAGUUAAAGAUGAAAUCAUCACAGCUUUAUGUGGUCAAUGGUCUAGUCAUGCUAGUCACGUUUUUUCUCUGCCGUGUAAUUACGCUCCCGUAUGUCUGCUAUAAGUACAGUGACUAUGUAGGAUUGUCAUUUUGGGAGGCUUUCAUAUCGCUGCCUACUGGUUGUAAAAUUAGCAUAGCCAUAUUGAUGUUUCCUCAGAUAUAUUGGUUUAUUCUGAUGGUAAAGGGUGCAUUUUCAGUUUUUUUUCCAGUGAAGUAAAACAGUAUCGCCAGUUAAAAAAUAUAACUAUUGUGCAGUAAAUACCCAUUAAUUUAGUUGUGAAUGUUUUACCUUAUGCCAGUGGGAAGAGAGCAUUCAGAAUUUUCUGUCCUUGCAAUACAGUUGUACAUAGCUAUUCCUGCCUGUGGUAUUUAAAGAUCUGACAUUCUCUUUCCUUCAUAACAUGCAGGAUAAAGCUAAACUGAAAUUUCAUGUGUGUGAUAGAUUGGUUUGUGGGGAUUAGAAAUGCUGUGUUAAGAUUUUCAGAUACAGAUUAAAUGUUGUGUGCUGUUUUUUUAUGAAAUGAAAUGCAUAAAGUAUUGGCGACAAUAGUUCCUAUAUGUGCGUAGAUGUGUGUAUAUGUGUCUAUAUGCAUGGCUGUCAUGCUGCCAAAAAAUGUGCAUUUAAUAUGAUUGUAGUUCAGUAUUGACAACAAAACAUUACCAGAGUCAAACGCCUCAACCAGAUUCGCACACACCUGCAGAAAACCUAAACAUUUUAUGGAGAAGAAAUAAUUAACUAAUAAAUGUGUGUAGAGAAAGGGUGUUAACAGCUGUUAUAAAAGUGAUCAACAACAUUCCACAGCUCCUUGUUAAUUUCUGUGUUAUACUGUGGAACAUGGCUGCUGUAAUCAUUUCAACGCUCUUAUUUCCACAUAGCUACAAGAAAUUAUUUUUUAAUAUUGACAACUUCUGAGAUUAAUGUGUUUAGCAUUUAUUAUUACAUGGGAGAUGCUUAGUAUUGCUCUGUCAGUUUUAUUGUUACUGCAACAAGCAAUAAAUUGGAGAACAUCUGUCCUUAUAGGUGUGUGGCACUACCUGUUAGGAACACAAGAUUGACGUAGCUUUCUCUCUGCAUUGUAGAGAGUUUUGUUUUGGCUUCGAAUUUAUGAUAAUUGGCUUAAAAGAAUGAAAAUUAAUCCAGUAUAUUAUAUUGCUGUGUCAUUAAAAGACUGAAUAAAAUGUUACAGAAUUUUCCACACUCUCUGGAGAGAAAAACACCUAUACUUUCAUUAUGCAGAUUUAACAAUAUUAUUUGAUAAAAUUUUUAGGUGAAUGUGUGAAAUAAGAUUCAUCAUUCAAAUAACACAUUAGAAGACUGAAGAUGGGAACUUCAAAUUCACAUGCCUGUGGACAGAGGUAGUUACGAAGCAGUUGCCACAAAAAGUGCAGACAUAGAAAAAGAAACUGAUAUUUGAAGAAAAACUAUUUACUUCCUGGACUAAUAUAAUGGAAAGAAAUAGUAGAAUGAGUAGUCACUUCGUACUUAUCUCUCACUUUGUUAGUGGGAGAGAUACCCCUAUCAUUGCUUAAAGAUUUUCGUUAAUAUACUCAGUCUUGUGAAAUUGACAUCAGGUCUUUUGUCGAACUUCACUCCCAGGGUUAUAAUAUGUCAUUCAGUAAAUAGAAAGUUCCUGUCACAGGGAUGUAUACUCUCCUCCUUUGCUUGUUUAUGUACUCAGAUAUUGUUCUAUUUGUCAUAAACUGAUAUUUUCUCUUUUCCUUUCCCAUCUCAAUUUAGAAAAUAAGGCAAACUUCCUUGUAUGUUAUCUUUAAUUUGAUGCAUCAAAAUUACUUAUUGUUCUGUUUAUAAUUAUCAAAAAAGUGUGAAUUUGUAAGUUGUGCAUUUUAUAUUUGUCAAAUUAUCAAAUUCGAAUUUGAUGCCACAGUGCAGUAUUAAUGUGUUGAGAUGUGAAAAUCAACUUAUUACACGUCCAGGAAAUGUUAGAUUCUUAUGAGCAAAACCAAAAAUUAUGUUGCAGUCAUUUAAUUACUCUGGUUUGUGCUAAAGAGCUUGCUUUUUUAUUGUUAAAGUAUCCCCAUUAAUAUUUUUUGUAGCUUUUAAUCUCGUGGGGCAGUUUAAUGAUUCUGAAAACAUUGUGAUGUUGCAUCCUAAAUAAAAGUUUGCCAACACUAAUUUCUGUUUGUACAAGAGUUGCCCAGAAAGUAAUGCACCAAAUUUUUUGUUCAACAAUUCUUUACUGAACAUAAUGAGAAUUACACAUACAAAAGAAUGGUGUUUUAUCUACACACCCUAUUUUCCGCAUAAUCUUCAUCCCGUUCUACAGCCUUCGUCCAGCACGAAACGAGGGUGUGUAUGCCUUGUCGGUACCAAUCCUUGUCCUGGUGGCAGAGCCCAUGCUUCACUGUGUGAAUUGCAUCCACACUUCCUUUGCUGAUUGACAGAUGCAGCGCCAACUGCCGACUCAUAAUGCAUCUGUCCUCGUGAAUGGCAACAUCGUAUCGCUGCAACAUGUCAGGUGUGACAGCUGUGGAUGGUCUUGCCGACCACUGCAAAUCGUGGCGCUCCAGCGAACUGCCUUCUGAUGACCUCAACCUCCAUGUCCAGUGACUAACUGUAUUUCUGUCGACAGCAGAUGCCCCAUAGACUUUGCACAAGCAUUUGUGCAUAAUCCCCACUGUUUUUUUCUCUGCAGUGAGAGAUUCAAUGAUGGAAUGUUGCUUGUAAUGUAUGUCACUUACAGACGCCAUUUUGAAACUGUCCUGCAGCUACGCUGUCUGUCGGAAGUGACGGAAAGUUGUUUCUGGCUAAGAAAAAAAAAGGCAAUGCCUUACUUUCUGGGCAAUCAUUGUUAUAUACGCUAGGAUUAUGACUUCUUUAUAACCCCAUGUUCUUGUGCCGUAAAUCGAUGAACUUUUGUUAGUGGGUAGUGAAAAAUGUGUUCAUUUAUGCCCAUUUCCUACUCUGGUUUGUUCUGGGAAUUGAUAGCUUCUGGUAUCAAGUGCUGUAUCCUGCACUCAGUAAACCAAACAUCUACCAAUCUGUAGAAGAUGAAGAUUAAAUAGCAGAAGAGCUAGUAUUACUUAAGAGUUCCAUCUUGCAUUAGUUAAGUUAGUUAUUGCCCAAAACAUCACUUUAGGAAAGUGAGAGUUAAGUGGAUUAGAAAUUUCAUAGCAUCACACCAUCCUUCUGUUUCAGUAAUCUCUUCUAGACCAUUCUGAAAAUUCAUCUUGAGCUGCUCAUAGUUCAUACCAAAUGCCAGGAUAAAUGAGUACUUGAUAUUGGGAAUGCGUUGUUUCCUCCAAGUUCACCAUCUGCUAUCAUGUGAAGCACACAGUCAUGAAUGAAGUGUUGACAGCCAAUAAAUCAUGGUUCUUCUGGUGUUUAUAACUGAACAGCAGUGCCAUUUUUCCCUUCCAGUGUUCACAUUUGCAGUGUCAGUGGCAAUCCUCUUGGUAGUUGUCCAUAAAUUUUAUUCAUUGAGAACAGUUGUUAUUCCUUUGUCCACAGUAUCUGCCUUCCCAUUUGGUAAGUCUAGUGCUUCCAACUUGACUUCAUUCAUUUUUCAACGCCAAUACCUGACAUUCUUGGUUAUCAAUAUGCUUACCAUCAAAAUGCAGCAACCAGCUUUCUAGGUGUUGUGUUUUCUUCAUUUCUCCUUUGCAUUUAACAGCUUCUUUAAUGGUAGAUCUGUAAAUACCUGGUUGUGAAGGGGUUUCAUUGUCAAUCUCACCUUCAGAUAACUGUCUGCAAAUGGUUGCCCUUGCUGCUGCUGCUGCUGCUGAGGUAUGCGGCAAAGAUAUUUUUCUUCUUUUGAAUAGAUGAAUAAUCCUGGAACUCAGUCUUCCCAACUGUGUAACUAACAUGCUCUUUGCUUUUAGUCUGAGCAUGAUACAACCUUUUGUCCUCACUGCACACCCAUUCAGUUUUCUUUUGUAAUGUGAAAAACUUCACUCAAUUAAUCAUAUUUUCCUCAUUUUAUACAUUGAAAAUAGGUUUUUAGUACCGUAUUGAAGCAUGUACUACUGGAAUUGAUAAGAUUGAGCCAUUUAAUUCCUUUUGCCAUAAAAUUAAUAGUUCCUUCACAGUUUACUGUACACAUUCUUCCCUGUCUGUCAUGAACUCUCCAAGGAAUAUAUAACAACCAACAAUGUGUAUUUUGUGCUGUAUCCUGUUCAAGUUUUCAAGUGAUUGUUGUUGUAGUGGAACAGUUAUUAUUUUUCUGUUUGAUUCUUGAAAUUGUACUAGAUUCUUUGUCCAUAUCUUCUUGUUUAUUUCAGUGGUAGAAGCACUUAUUUUAAAAUUCAUUAUCAUUACAAAUUAUACAUCAGCAGAAUGAUGGCUAAGCACUCAGUUAAUUAUUCAUUGCAUCAUCGCAAAAUGACAGUAAAGUCAGCUGCACUCACAAAGCAGCACAGCACAAAAUACAUAAAGUUUCAGGUUUUUAUGUUCCUUUAUUCCUGAAAGGAGCACUUAUUCUCAAAUGUUCUGUUGCAGACCAGCUUUCCCACCUGUUAGCACGAGAGAAUAGAGAAUUAUGAAGCAUAAGUGUUUCUAGAAAGUCAGUACUAAUUGCAAAAUUCAUUUUACAAAUUUUGUGUUUGGGGGUAAUCUUGAACUAAACACAAUUAAGCCCUGUAUCAUUCAUUUUGAAUGAGGUUCAUUGGUUUACGACACAGGAAAUUAAAAAUGUUGCAAAAAAAAAAAAAAAAAAAUCAUAACAUACACUGUAUGAAUUUACCUUUGACCUGUAUUGACCAAUUACGAAACAAUGUCAUUUGAAAGAUAGUCUUCCUGCCUACACACACACAAUCAUUUUUAUACUGUCUUCCUGCAUCAGUGUUCUUGCUUACAACCAUAGAAUUUCUACCCAAGGAGACAAAAGGGGAGAAAUAAUAGGCAUAUGUUACAAGCAGUCAAAUUGUUUUGAUGUUUUUAGCUUUACAGAACACUAAAUGGAUCUUGUCACUUUAGUGGUGGUGUGAUCCAUCGUGCUGCUUUAUGUCUAUUACUUCAUGGUGAGGUUUAACAGAAUCUAUACAACAUUUACAUUUUUAUACUGUGCUGAUAGCAUUUUAUUGUCAUCACAACCUCAUCCUCCUCAGUACCACAUGCUAAACUAAUAAGUUACUUGCAUAUUUAGUUUUAUGUUUUACGUAUGAAUUUGCAGUCAUUUCCUAUUUUUUACUUCUCAUAUUUGUAGCUGUCUAUAACCAGGGUGUGUGAUUUUAGGUUUAAAGUUUUAUGUGGCAUAUGUGACUUGAAUACCACUACAUGAUCAGCUGCAUACCUGUUGCUUGGAACAUGUUUUAUAGAAGCAAAAUAAUCCAGUGGUUCAGCAUCAGUCACUUAUAAAUGUCUGCUUAAUACACUAUGCAUGUGCUGAACAGUGUCCUCAUUAGAACAGUUACUGCCAGGUGAUAGGUGUUAGUAGGAUCUGAAUAAUAUAUUGAGCCAAGAGGUUGUAGGAAACAGUUAUUGGUGGCUGUGGAAUUGAUAUUUUAGUAAAUGGAGUUUUCUGUUAAUUUUGUUGGAAUAAAUUCUAGAUGAUGUACCGGAAGUAGAUUGAGGAGAAUUUAUUGCAUGAUAACUAUGUGUUUUGUACAUAUUGUACUGUUGUAAAAUAUGCCAUUAAAUGUUUUGUACAUGUAGUCCAUAAUCAUGAUCUAAAUGUGUGUGUGUGUGUGUGUGUAUACCAUACUUCUUAAACCAUCUGUGAUAUUGCUAAACUGUAGCAGGUGUAAAAUAUCUUGGGCUUGAGAUUUCAAUCAGUAAUAUAUCAUUGUAAUUUGUUUGGACUGGAUGGAAAAACAUAUAUAUUAAUAUAAGUUUAAUUUACAGUAAGUGGAUUCAUCUGCCUCUGAGUAUUUGCAAUUACAGUCAGAGGACAGACAUAUCUGGGAUAGUUAGGCAUUGCUCACCCAAGUCUGUAUUUCAUUCUUGAAAAUGUGCCCAUGGAAGUUACAUAAAGACUUUAACCCGUAAAUUGGGUUGGAGAAAUUUAACUACAUACUUGCAAUAUUGGUUCAAAUCGUAAUAAUUGAACUGUUGCAAGUAUGUGUAAAGAAUGUGUUAAACAAGGAGCGGUUGUAUUGUUGAGAUGCAAAAAAAGGGCAAGAAUGUGUCAAUCACGGUCAUAGUUAUUCAGAAAAUUAAAAUAGUGUUCAUCAUGCAACAAUCUUUAUUUUGUUAUUUUCCAUGCUUGCUGAUUACUUGAAAAAUGUAAGUGAAGAGAUAGAGCGGAUUCAAAUACGUCAAAAAUUAAACGAGAUUAUUUUUAUUUGUCAUGUUACUGUGACAUAAUAAAUGAACUUACAAGGGGAGGCCGCCAAUUGUGAAAUUCAGAUUCGAUUCAUACUGCGCAUAAUAAAAGCUCAUGGCCAGAGGUGUAAUGUGGCAAAGCACCAAGAUGCACUUCUCAGCCGUUGUCGAGAAAAUAGACAGUAAAAAGAAACCGUUGCGGUGAAAUACUCUCGACGAUCAGUAAUUUUCUACAGCGUCGUGGCGCAGUGGUAAGCGCUCGGGUUCCUAAUCCGAAGGUCCCCCGGAUCGAAUCUCGCGCCGUGCAAUUUUUUUUAUUAUUAGUUUUUUGUAAUUCAUAUAUAUAAAGUAUUAAUGAAUUGCUUAUGCAUGUUGGUGUAGGCGGAUCACUCUCCAAUUGUACCGCCUCCAUUUUUCCGUUUUUUUUUUAACAGGGUGUACCAAAGCUCUCCCGUCCGCACUGAUUUUCGACAAUGUUAUAAGUUGCGCUAGGGACCGCAUCUACCUUCUUUUGAAGUUAGCAGGCAACUACGCUGUUAUGCGGCGGCUCGUUUCGGCCCAUUCAACAUCUGUCAUUCAAGCGUAACGAGCGAGUAACGGAGUUUAUAUUUCAUACCUGCCACAGCAAAUUUGUGUUCGUGGGGGCUCUAUUCUAAUUCGAACGUUUGACUUAUGCUAUACGUAUUCGUUUCGGAAUAUCGUUUCUACGUCUUCCGUUAACUAUGCGUGGUUAACAUUAUGAAGACAAUUAAUAACAUUUGUGAAACACAACUUUGUUUGCGGAAAACAUAAUGAUGUUCGAAGUCGCCAGUUUUUCCACGACAAACGCCUUUCAACAACUUAUUAUAUGCAUAAUUGUUGCAACUGAUUGCCGGGAUAUAUAUAUAUAU